AUGCAAAACCUAUCUAAUGGGCAUUUUGAUGUUUAUUUACAAUAUGAAGAUGAAUUGACUAACUCUGUAUCUGAUGAGUUUGAUAACAUACCCAGCUCUCAGAAGCAUACUAAAAAACGACGGAAGAGAUUUACAAAUAAUAUCAGAAAAAAACAGCUUAUACAAUCUGCUACUAAAUAUCAGCUCAAAAAUAAAGAAGUUCAUAAAGUAGCAGCAGCCAAGUAUAAAAAAAAAAAUCCAGAAGUAAAUAGAGUGCAAGUUCAUAGAUAUGAACAAAAUAAUCCAGGAGGACGAUCAGAGAGGCGAAUCCUUCCAUGGAAAAUAAAAGCUUUUUCCGGCAUGAAAUAUGAAUCGGAAAUAGCUUAUGAGACGGAUGAAACUGUAUCUUUGGGUACUAUGAGUCAUAAAUGCGUAUACUGCGAUGCUCUUAAAUUCAAAGAAGAGGCGCCUGGAAUAUGUUGUAGUGCCGGUAAAGUACAACUUCCGUCUUUUUUACCUCUUCCUGAACCUCUUUACAGUUUGAUUAUGGGGUUCCAUCCUGAUCACAAAAAUUUCAUGGACCGUAUUAGAAAAUACAAUAACUGCUUCCAAAUGACAUCUUUUGGAGCGAAACAAAUUAUCGAAGAUGGAUUUAUGCCCACAUUCAAAGUGAAAGGUCAGGUGUAUCAUUUAAUUGGUAGUUUGCAAGCUUUACCUCAACAAAACCCUCAAUUUCUACAGAUUUAUUUCGUUGGAGAUGAUGAGAGAGAAACACGCUUAAGAUGUAGCCACUUCGCUGAUGUAAAGCAAAGCCUGGUAAAACAAUUACAAGCGAUGUUGCACCAUAAUAACCCAUACAUAAAGGACUUGAAAACCACACUCGAAAGAGUACCUCAAAAUAGUAAAAACUUUGAAAUUAUAAUACACUCUGAUAGAAAACCUGAUAAUGCUCACAGAGGACGUUAUAAUGCACCAACAACAAGUGAAGUAUCAUUGGUCAUAGUUGGACAACAGUUUGAAAAACGAGAUAUUGUGUUACAAAGUAUCAUCAUCAUCAUCAUCCAAGCAAUAAUGUCUACUGGUAUCAUUGAUUUUCAUUGCAUUCUUGGGAGGGACAAUAAAUACAUGAUAAAAGAAAUGUCUGUAGUAGAUGUAGAAACAUGGGCUACCCAACAUUGGAUUUUUAAAAAUUCAAAAUCAAUACAGGAUAACAAGAGUCGUAAGACUAACAAGUGGUUGGAACGUAAUUAUCAUAAACUAUCUCUGGAAUAUGGCGAUGUUGAGUAUGAAGAACUAGGCAGAGUGCUGAAUUCGUUAAAGUUUAGCUUCAUAUACGUUAAAGGCGAUCGGAAAAAACAACUUCUUUUAGAGUAUAUUCCUCACAUCGGAAUCAUCAAUAUUGAAGACAUGGGAUGCCCUCCACUAGACCAAAUAUGUGAUGAAAAAACUUUACCAUGUUGUAUUUUUCAUAUGAAUUUCAAUCCUAAACAAUGUUCAUUUUAUAAAGUAUUUAGCCUAAGAAAAUGGUUUGUAAAUAAUAUGUAA